UGGCUCCACCAAACCCUACAGUCCUGCUCCAGUCUACAGCGGCGUAACGUUCUUCUGUCCUCCUUGUCUCUCCUGACCAGCAGACAAACUCUCAGCAUGAGUAACCCCAGGUCCUUCAGGCAGAGCUUCUCCUACAGCGCCCCCGUACAGCAGAGGAAGGCCUAUAGCGUCUCUGGAGGGUUCAGCAUGGCAGGCCCUCGCAUUGCUUCUUCCGUCGCACGCACCGUCUCCUCUGGCUUCGGUGGCGGCUAUGGGGGCGGUGCUGGUGGGUUUGACCUGUCCAGCGCCCUCGAUCAGAGUAACGUCGCCCUCAACGAGAAGAUCACUAUGCAGAACCUGAACGACCGUCUGGCUUCCUACCUGGAGAAGGUCCGCUCCCUGGAAGCGGCCAAUGCCAAGCUGGAGAAGCAGAUCAGGGAGUACUAUGAGCAGAAGGGACCUGCAGCUGAGCGGGACUACAGCAACUACUGGGCCAUCAUCAACGACCUCAAGGACAAGAUCAACGCCGCCACCAUCAUCAACGCCAACAUUCUACUGCAGAUUGACAACUCCAAACUGGCUGCUGAUGACUUCAAAACCAAGUUUGACCACGAGCUGAUGAUGCGCCAGUCAGUGGAAGCUGACAUCGCCAACCUGCGCCGCUUGCUGGACCAGACCACGCUGAACAAAGCUGACCUGGAGAUGCAGAUAGAGAGCCUGCAGGAUGAACUGGCGUACCUGAAGAAGAACCACGCAGAGGAGUUGGCGGCACUGCGGUCUCAGCUGACCGGCACAGUCAACGUGGAGGUGGAUGCCGCACCCCAACAGGACCUGAACAAGCUGCUGGAGGAAAUGCGCGCCCAGUACGAAACCAUCAUGGACAAACAUCGCCGUGACCAAGAGGCGUGGUUCACCAACAAGUCAGCAGAAUUAAGCAAAGACGUUGCCAUCAGCACGGAGACCAUCCAGACGUCUAAAACAGAGAUUGGCGACCUGCGGCGAACCCUCCAGGGGCUGGAGAUCGAACUGCAGUCACAGCUCAGCAUGAAAGGGGCUCUGGAGAACACACUAGCGGAGACCGAGGCCCGAUACAGCAUCAUGCUCACCGGCUUCCAACAAACCAUCAACAUGCUGGAGGAAGAUCUAGCCAACGUGCGGGCUAGCAUCGAGCAGCAGGGUCACGACUACAAGAUGCUGCUGGAUAUCAAGUCCAGGCUGGAGCAGGAGAUCGCCACCUACAGGAGCCUGCUGGACACAGAGGAGUCCAGGCCCAUUGGUUCAGGUGGCGGUAAAACCACAGUGACGGCCACCACACUGCGAACGUCCAGCUAGAUGCCUGCCGACGGCAGCGACGCACAAAGUCCCACAAAGUCUGUUCGGAAACACUGAGUCAAAGUUCAUGUGACGUUUGUGAGAAAUAAACCUGCUGGUGAACAUCA